AUGGAUAGCGAGACUCCCCGCCGACGUGCUGGUGCGUACACGUCAACGCCUUCGCGGGCUCCGAGUGUGCGUGGUAGUGCACGCACCCCGUCGCGUGCAGGCGCUAGCACACCUUCGCGGCAUCAUGAACGUCCGUUCGAAAUUGGCGAUGCUGUGAAGUUCGAAGGUAGCAGUCUCACAGGUGUGCUACGGUACUUGGGACCCGUCCAGGGCCGUGAGGGCACCUUCGCAGGACUGGAACUCACAGGGUCAUCGUAUGGACAGGGGAAAAACGACGGCACGAUUGACGCCGUACAGUACUUUGCCACGACACCCAACAACGGUGUAUUUGGCCCAGCGUCGAAACUAGUGCAUUUGCACUCCGCGCGACCGACCAGCGCUACAGCGCGGCCCCUUUCGUCGCUCUCAGGCCGGCAUUCGCGGGCCGAUGGCCGUGCGAGCCGAACGGAUAGCAACUACGAAUCCAACCUACCUCCUCCUCCCCCUCCUCCUCCUCCGUCAGCGACACGAAGCUCAUCAGCUACGACCGAACGGGCCCGCCGGCGUAUGAGCGGCGUGCCUGUGCCUGUGCCGUCGCCGGCCCCACGAACGACGCCGCGCAAGAGUUUGGGCGGUAGCGCGGCUAUGCGGCCUGCACCUACACGGCCCGCCCACGGCUUUGCCACGCCACAAGUGCAUCGUACCGUCAGCUCACCACGCAGACCGACAUCAUCAGUUGGCUACCGGCGGCCAGCAAGUGUCUUGCAUCGCUCUGUACAUGCCGACGACGAUGGCUUUGUCUUUGACGAUGCGCCGCGACUUCCGCCUGCGCCAGCACCGGCCUCGCCCAAACAGCGGCAAGGAUUGCUGGAACAGCUUGCCCUGCCUUUGAACGAUGGAAAUACGUCCCUAGACGAGGCUGUGAUCCCUAUGGCUGUGUACGAACGCCUCUGUGACGAACUAGCCGACGUGCGAAGACAAUGCACGUCCCUCGACCGCGAGCGCACAGAAGUCAAGCAGACAACCCAAAAGCGCGAGCAGGAAUGGGAAGAAACGAAACGCAUCGCUGUGGAAGAAGAAGUGAAGCGACGACAGGCUCUCGAAGCGCAGGUGCAAGAACUACAGCAUAAACUACAUGAGGCUAUUGAUACUGCGACAGCAGCAGCCGACGCACAUGACGAGCUCGAGCAUGCGGCAAGCGAGCAUGCAAAGCGAAUCCAAUCCCUGGAGACGGAUUUGGCCGCCAUGACGAUCCGUGCAGAGCAAGUCGCCAACAAGGACGACGCUGGCGACGUGGCCGCUUUGCAAGCCAAGAUGGACGACUUGGUCCAGGAAUGGCAAAAGGAGCGUUUGGCCCUGCAGGACCAAGUGGAUACAUGGCAGGCUAAGCACAAGGCGACAGAACAGCAACUGGAAACGGCGAAGGAAGCUCAUGCCACAUGGCAAGCCAAGGUGGACGAGCUGGAAGCGCAGGUCGCACACGCCCAGCAAGGAGACACCAGUGCCACACAAUCUGCGGCAGAGAUUGAAAUGGCAAGCUUGCGUGAGCAGCUCCAGCAUGCCCACGACAAAGUAGGCCCGCUGGAAGAUGAGCUGACAGAAUUGCGCGCAUCACUGGAUCGUGAGCGAGCGGCGCACCAAGCCUCUGCAUCGGCGCAUGCAGAGGCCCUCAAGAAAUGGCAGGAGCAGCAGGCGGCUGUGCAGGAGCAAGUCACACAGUGGCAGGAGACAGCACAAGCCGCGGAGAAACAAGUGCAGUCGUUGCAACAAGCCUUGGACGAAUGCCAGGCAGCGUUGGAGCGUGAGCGUGCAGAGAUCGAGGCACUGCGAGAAGCGCCAGCGACGCCACACAUGGCCUCACAUACGCCCCAGCUCACCCAAGGCACGUCGCAGACUGAGGCAGAGACGAUUCGCGCACUAGAGGCACGCCUGGCCCAAGUGGAGCGCGAAAAGGCGGAAGAGCAUGCCCACUUUACGAAGGAGAUUGCCGAGUUGGAGUCCCUGGUUGAGUCUCGUAUAUUCCGUGAAGACGAGCUCGAGACGGAGCUGGAACAGUUGCGCGCCAAGCAAGAGGCUACGUAG